AUGAAGCCAACCAAUUUCCUUUCUUUAACUUUAAUCUUCAUUUUUUUCAUUCUUUUCAACAACAAUUCUAUUGUUUCUGCUGAGGAGAAGGCUAUCGAGUUUGGGUACACGGGGGACAAGGGGCCGUUAUUUUGGGACUUAUUAUCUGAAGAUUCAAAAAUUUGUAAAACUGGUAAACGUCAAUCACCAAUUGAUAUCACAACAAAACUAUUAUCAGCAAAGAAAAAAAAGGGACCAAAACCAGACUUUCAAGAUGCUUUAAAUGUCGAAAUAUUUAAUAACGGGAAUACAGUAGAAGUAAGCCCGGGAGAAAAAAACAAAACCUUACCGGCUACAAUCGUCACUAGCGACGAUGGUACUUUAUAUAAAUUGAAUCAAUUUCAUUUCCAUACACCUUCCGAACAUCGUAUCGAUGGUGUACAUUUCGAUGUUGAACAACAUUUAGUAUUCAGUAAAGUUAAGGGCAAAAAUCCAAAUGAAAUUGCAGUCGUUGCAGUUUUCUACAAUAUUGGUGAUGAAGAAAAUGUGUUUUUGAAACCAAUUGUCGAAAAUAUUCCAAAGAAAGUCGAAGAAAAGAAUAAAAUUAAAAAGGUUGAAUUAAGUAAAUUGAUAAAAGACAUAGAUAGCAUUAAAAACGAGCCAUUAUCACUUAGCGUACAACAAUUUAAAGAGAUGCGCGAUGUCAUUGGUUUCAAUUCACGUUUCACACAAUUAAGAAGUGACGAGUCUGUUGUUAGAAAAAGGUCACUUCCAAAAAUGAGAAGAGUUUUUAGACGAUAG